AGCGCGCAGGCUUCCAGCUCGGCGCGGUGCUCCUCCUGACAUUUCUCGCAGUUCCUCGAGUCGACAGCGUCGCACUCGCCAACUCCCAGGCGCAAGUGCUGCUGGACUGUCAGAAGGCGUGGAACACAACGAUCGGCGGCUGGGAGAUUGGUGGGGACUGCAGCAAGGCAAGGAACGUCACGUGCGAUGCCAAGGGCAUGAUAACGUCCAUGGACCUAGGAGGAGCCUAUUUACUGGGGUCCUUUCCUUCAAGCAUCGGCAACUUGACCAGCUUGACGCAUUUGAACCUUCGGGUGAACCGACUGUGGCAGAGCAGCAUCCCAGAAUCCAUUAGCCACCUCACGGAUCUCCGGUUCCUGGAUCUGCACGAGAGUGGUGCAAUCGGAAACAUUCCAACCUUUAUUGGGCGCAUGAGCAGGCUGACAUUGCUAGAUCUUUCUUACAACAGCUUGAUGGGCACGAUCCCUGAAUCCACUUCUGAACUCACAAAUCUUCGAACUUUGAAUUUUGGACAAAACAGGCUGGCUGGCUCAAUAUUACCCACAUUGAGCAACCUUCAAGAUUUGACCAGUUUGAACCUUCGCUCAAAUAGCUUUGCAGGCAACAUUCCUGCGUCAUUUGGCAGUCUCACGAAUCUUCAGUCCUUAAAUCUUAGUGGCAACACUGUUACAUGCCCUGCUGACUUCACCCCAUGCGUGAUCGAACAAAAUCCUCAAAGCGCUUCUUGCAGCUCGUGCCUCUCCUUCUGCACCACUUGUGUCAAGGCAGCAGCAUCGGCCCCCUCCCCAUCCCCAAGGAGCACCACAGUAUUCACGUCUCCCCCCACUGCCUCCCUAGCAUCCUCCCCAUCAACCGCAACGCCCACCUCCCCGCCUGGCAAUACGUCUGCAGCAGCUGUUGCUGGUAUUGCCGUGGCUGCUGUGGCUUCUCUGCUGCUCCUGGUGCUGGUUAGCUGGCUGCUGUGGAGGAGGGGGUUCAAGGGAAAUCCAGUGAAUGGAAAAGCAGCUACACCAGCGAAAGAGAGCACGGAUGUGUUACAAAGGCAUUCUGAAGGUCUGGCUGGCAGCGUGGCGGCCUCGCACUGCACGGAGUACUCUUUGGAGGAAGUGCUCACAGCCACCAGCAACUGGGCGAGUGACAACCAGCUGAGGUCGGGCUCCUUUGGUGACGUGUACAAGGGCGUGUCUCCGCGCGAUGGCACCACACUGUGGGCCGUCAAGCGAGCCAAGUUGCUUGAAGCUGACUUUCUGCGAGAA